AUGGACAACGCCUCCUAUCAUUCGGUCCAGGUUGAUGAAGCUCCAUCAACAUGCAACAGAAAAGAUGACAUUAUCCAGUGGCUACAUCGCCACAAUGUUCCCUGUACCAGUGAUUUGAAGAAAGCUGAGCUACUACAAUUAGUGAAACAUCACAAACCACAACACACUGUUUACAAAGUAGAUGAAGUGGCUCGCAUGGCGGGGCACCGAGUCAUCAGGUUGCCACCGUACCACCCUGUUUACAAUGCCAUAGAACUUAUCUGGGCUCACGUCAAAGGGCUCAUUGCAAGACGCAAUACUUUGCCGCCAUUUUCCCAGGCAAAAGUAUUAAAACUGCUACAAGAAGCUGUUCAUGAAAUCACUCCGGACAAGUGGCGUAAAGCUGUCGAACACACCCAACAGACUAUUCUUCACGACUGGGAGCAAGAAGGAGCGAGGGACAUUGCUAUUGAGGCGAUUAUUGUGAACCUCGGGCAGCAAGACAGCAGUAGCAACAGUGAUGUCAGUUCUGUUGACGAAUCUCCUACAGCUGGUACCAGUUCGCAGUACGACGAUCUUGGUGUAUCGCCACUGUGUGACUGA